CAGAGGGAAAUGUCAGCAGGAAAUCAUUCCUCAGCAACUGAAUUCAUCCUCGCAGGGCUGACGGCUCGUCCAGAGCUCCAACUACCGCUCCUGCUCCUCUUCCUCGGAAUCUAUGUGGUUACCGUGGUGGGGAAUCUGGGCAUGAUCACACUCAUAGGCAUUAGUUCCCACCUCCACACACCCAUGUACUAUUUCCUUGGUUGCCUGUCCCUCAUUGAUCUCUGCCAUUCCACAGUCAUCACCCCCAAAAUGCUGGUGAAUUUUGUGGCUGAGAAGAACAUCAUCUCCUACCCGGAAUGCAUGACUCAGCUCUACUGCUUCCUUGUUUUUGGUAUUGCAGAGUGCCACAUGUUAGCUGCCAUGGCAUAUGACCGCUAUGUUGCAAUCUGUAGCCCCUUGCUCUACAAUGUCAUCAUGUCCCCUCACAUCUGCUUCCUGCUCACCAUGGGAGUUUAUAUUUUGGGCAUCAUUGGCUCUUCAAUCCAUACAGGCUUUAUGUUAAGACUGUCUUUCUGUAAGACCAAUGUGGUCAACCAUUAUUUCUGUGAUCUCUUCCCACUCUUAGAGCUAUCCUGUUCCAGCAUACACAUCAAUGAAUUGUUGGUUCUCUUACUGAGUGCAUUUAACAUCCUAAUACCUGCAUUAAUAAUUAUUUCUUCCUACGUCUUCAUCAUUGCCAGCAUCCUCCGCAUUCGCUCUGCAGAGGGCAGGUCCAAAGCCUUUAGCACCUGUAGCUCCCACGUAAUGGCGGUCAUGAUCUUCUAUGGCUCUGCAGCCUUCAUGUACCUGCAGCCAUCAUCUGUGAGCUCCAUGGACCAAGGAAAAGUGUCCUCUGUGUUUUACACCAUUGUCGUGCUGAUGCUGAAUCCCCUGAUCUACAGUCUGCGGAAUAAGGAUGUCAAGUUAGCUCUGUGGAAAAUUCUGGACUGUAGAAAGCAAUUAUGA